AUGCGAAUCGCAUUUCUUUUACUUUUAUCUUGUAUUCUCUCAAAUUGCUAUCUUCCAGAUGAACCGAGUUCCGAAAAAUCGAUAGAAGUCACCCAUUGGGCUGACGAGGAGAACAUCAGAGCUCGAAUGUCGAAAAUCGCCGAGGAGAAAUUUUCGCAUAGGUACCAUGUCUAUCAGAAUGAAUCAUUGUCAAAUCGGGUGCAAACUAGCCGGAAGCCCAAAACGAAAAAUCAUUCGCGUCGACCAAAACGAGACGGCGGCAUUGUGUCGGGUCCAGUGGCGACGGCGCUAGUCACCGGAAUGAUCGGAAUGACAGCGAAAACCGUGUCCGAGCUCACCAGCUUCAAUCCAAGAUUGAGCGAAGGCGGCUGCGAAUGGUUCGGAACCGCGCCAUUGUGCAAUUUUCCGUGUCCAUCGGAUUACGACUAUAUCCGAUCGCAUAAUGGAAGAUGCUCAGCGUGGUGGCUGUCGGGCUUCUGCUCGCCGGAUCCGAGCUUCGGCAAACCGUGCACAACAAUUCUCGGCGAGUAUUUCAACAAGCGCUUUUGUUGCAAAUCCGAUCCACUGGAAUGCACAUGGUCGGGACGUUGGAUGGGAGCCAAUACGGCGCAUAACAUUUAUUGCCGAUACGAUAAUAUUGGGAAGUGCGGGUCCAUCGAUUGCUCAAUUAAUCAUUUCACUCUUAAAGCGCAGAACAGCUCAAUGAUCACCGGCGACCGUUGUGACCGGCUAGAAUUGUUCGGCUUAAAGGGAAAAGCGACAUGCGGCUAUAUUGCAUGGUUCAAUGAGAGCGGCGAUGUUGUAAAUAGUUGGUAUAAAACGAGGUAA